GGUGGUUUAUGUACUAGUGACACUUACACUACAUUACUAUCAUCCCAGAAAUUCCACAUAAGGGUUUUCUUCCAUCUUUGGAAGUAAUUAUCUUCUUUAGAUAAUUGAAAUGGAAGCGAGUGCUGCAAAUUGCUUAUCCUUCGCCCAAUUUCAAAGGCUGAGGUACUUCAUGGAUGUGCCAACUCAAGAAACAAAUCGUGUUGAAUUUGAAGGGACUUUUGAGGAUGAUUGGAAGGAUGAUUUGGAUGGCUUUUUUGAUUCAGAAGAAGAAUUUUUCAUAACAGCGGGAAGGGUAUUCUACUCAAAACUUAGAGUAUUUCAAAGCGUAAGAAAUUCAGGUAGCAAGCUGGAAUGGUCAGAUUUACCCUUAACUAUAAAAAAAGAAUUUAUAUCUCAGUGUCGUGAAGAACUUGAAUCUGGGAAAACCCUUCGAAAUGGAGCCUUCUAUACCAUCCUGUAUCUGUGCGCAGGAGUGUAUGAUUGUGUCAAAGAUUUAAAUGAGCAUUUUCAAAGCAUAGAAAGAAAUAUUGAAUUACUGAGAAGCUUUCAAAUUCCAAGUAUUAUUUAUUCUAUCUUUACUAACUGGAAUACAAAUCGUAAGCCUGGCUAUAUGUCGGACUUGAAAGAGAAGGAGCUUCUUACUCUUUUUCUUUCGCUGAUUUUCUUUUUUUUAACAGUUCCUUCUUCAAAUUAUUCUGAAUGGAUUGAAUGCGCACGUUCUCUACAGCCAUCAUUAAUGUCUUCUUUGGUACAACUAUUUAAUGAUACAAUGAAUGAGUACGAAAUGGACCUUGAUAAUGUCAGUCUUUUUCCGUUACGACAAAUAACCUUCCUUAUUUAUAAAGUUUGUUUCCGUUUAUGGGGUACAGAAACAGAUUUUCAAGACAAGAAAAGUGGUAUUGGGAACUUGAAUAAUAACACAUCCUCUAAUAGACCACAUACUACAAUACUAGACUACGAAGUUUUUCGUCACGAAGUUGCUACCAAAUAUUCCUUUUUCGCCCGUCCUUUCUAUUCGCUCCCGUUGGAUAGAGAACAGAUACACAUCCUUCCUACAUCGAACACAGAUUCAUUUCACAAGUCCUUCUUUUUAUUAAAUACCCGUCUUUGCUCUCCGGAAAAUCCUUCGCUUCCGUUGACAAAUAUAAAAUCAAAAGGAAACACUCGACGCGAGCAAUUCCAAACGAACCAAAACCUUCCUUUUGGAUUUACUCCUUCUAUAAAAGAUUCACCCGCUCCAAAGAGUAUAACAGAAGCAACUGAGCUAUUGCAUCGUCAAAGCAAACAUAAUAAUAUCGUUGAGCAACUAAUGUUCGAAAGAGAAUACCUACGACAUUGUACACAUCAAAGUUACCUUGGUUGUAAUUUUAAUGAUGCAGUUGAAUCACUGAAUUUUUCACACGAAAAGGCUACUGUUGACGAUCCAACCAUAAGUUUUAUUUCAAAGACGUAUGAUGACUUAUUCCUUCAUUUGGAUGUUUUUGUACAGUUAUCGAUGCAUCUAUUCUAUUAUACUUCAAAAAAAGUCAACAAGCUCUAUAUUGAAGCGUUCUCUUCAUCCGAAGCGGCAAUGCAAAUGCAAAGUAUUAAUGAUAUGGCGGUUGCCGAUUCCCCUAGUGAGGAAAUCAGUGAACCUGUGAUAAAACCACUAGAAAAGGAUUCGGUAAAUGAAUUGAAUGAUCUUGCUACUGGCUUUUUUGUUUCAGGUAAUAUUUUGUACUCUAUUGAUACCUGUGAACUAAUAUUAUAUUCUCUGUCGAGCCUUUUUUUAAUGAUGCUCAAAUGGCUUCGCUUAUCUCAUGUAUUACGUUCCGAAAGAAUUGCUAAAUUGCUGUACGAUAACCAUUUUCUAGAAAUUUUAAGUCGCUAUUUCUCAGACAAUGAAUCCUCAAUGCAUGCCGAACGAGACAUGAAAUGCCUACGUGGUGGUUUUUUCACUUUCACUGCAAAAUCAUACAAGCAAUUAUCCAGUGGCACUUUUGUCUACUCAAGGAGUCCGUCUUAUAGAAACAUAUUAAUCACUCUGAAUUGCCUUCGUGUAACAGGAAAAAUCUGUAAAUACCAUAAUAACAGAAAAGAAACGCUAGUUAAAGUCGAUAUGCAAAAUCACUUGAAAAGAUUACUGGAAAUACCUCACGAGAUACUCAAGCGUUAUGCAUUGAAGGUUUUAAAGCUACAUGUACCGUAUCUAGGAGUAAAAUGGAAACAGGCAAAUAUGAACAUUAUUACUAGUAUUUACUUACAUUGUCCUCUUAGUUUACGGGAUAGUUGGAUUUUCCCAGAAAACAAUUUAGAAACACAACGGUCAUCCAAGCUUCAAGACGCCUUUUUAUGCAUCUUGAUACGAUUCUAUCAUAAGCGGUUGUAUGGAAAGGUUUGCAAUAAGUUGUAUGACUUAAAUGUGCUUGAGGAAAUUCGAUUAAAGCGAACCAUCGAAGAAUUAGUAGAAUCAAAUAUGAUGGAAAAUCUGCCAGAUGCUAUGUGGACCUACGCAGAAAACUCAGAGACUCCAGACUUCUUUGAUAAUGAACUAUCAUCUGUUCUUGUACAAAAUGUGUCUUCGUUUUUUUAGCCAGCGCUUCAUUCAUUUCUUUCCUCCCUUUUCUUACAAUAUAUUAAGUCUUUCGAAUAACUAACUCAUGCUUUUUGUAAGUCUAGAAAUGUUUUUCUUAUUUUCAAUCGUUCAGAAACUUCUUUUGACUUAAAGUUUUAUUUUAAUGAAAACAUAAAAAAGAAAGCUUUUCGAAUACCUUUCUCUUAUAAAAGUCUUUCCUUAAAUUGUUUACUAAUGAUUGUUAGUGACGUGUAAGGAAAUCAUUAUAAUCAGAUCAUUUUUCUGUCGCUAGUAAGAUAUAUAUUUUUUUGUGUAGCACUAUUCACCAACACUCCAC